GACUAUUUUCAAAUAUCAGGCUCGCUUUUUCACGUACCUUUUUGUUUCUCGUUCUUCCUACAGAUAAGUUGUCUUCUCUAUUUACAACGCCAUCACCAUCAUUGUUAUUGUUUUUUUCUCUCAAACACUUCCUCAGUGGAAACAUUAUGUCAUCUCAACAACAACAACAAGUUCGUGAGUGGUCCGGAAUCAAUACAUUUGCUCCUGCUACGCAAACCAAGUUGCUUGAACUUUUGGGAAAACUUAAGCAAGAGGAUGUGAACUCCUUGACCAUACUUGUGAUGGGGAAAGGUGGUGUCGGAAAGUCUUCAACUGUGAACUCUAUCAUUGGGGAAAGAGUGGUGGCGAUUAGUCCCUUUCAGUCGGAAGGGCAAAGACCUGUUAUGGUGUCACGAGCAAGGGCUGGUUUUACAUUGAACAUUAUCGAUACUCCUGGUCUUAUUGAAGGGGGGUACAUCAAUGAUACGGCGCUUGAUAUCAUAAAACGCUUCCUUCUGGACAAGACCAUAGAUGUUCUGCUUUAUGUGGACCGCUUAGAUGCGUAUCGAGUAGACAGCUUGGAUAAGGUAGUCGCCAAAGCUAUAACUGAUAGUUUUGGCAAAGGAAUAUGGAACAAGGCUAUAAUAGCACUCACACAUGCCCAGUUCUCUCCACCGGAUGCAUUGGCUUAUGAUGAAUUCUUCUCAAAAAGAUCCGAGGCUCUGUUACAAAUUAUAAAACCAGGUGCCUACUUAAAGAAGGAUGCCGCUCAGGCUUCUGCCAUUCCUGUUGUCUUGAUCGAGAACAGUGGGAGGUGCAACAAAAAUGAAACAGAUGAAAAGGUUCUUCCUAGUGGGAUUGCUUGGAUUCCUCACCUAGUCCAAACAAUCACAGAAAUUGCAUUGAACAAAAGUGAGUCUAUUUUUGUUGACAAGAAUUUGAUUGAAGGACCAAAUCCAAAUCAAAGAGGAAAACUAUGGAUUCCUGUCAUAUUUGCUUUACAGUUCUUGUUUAUCAUGAAUAUAGAAGCACUGAUCAAGAACGACGUUGCUAAUGAAAAAAAGCCCUCUUGGGAGACACGUGAUGUAGGUGUUCAGAAAGAGACGCGUGAAGGUGGUCAGAAAAAUACGCGUAAAGAGAAGCGUGGUGCAGGUGUUCGGAAAUAAGAUGGUCUGUCUUAGUUGUGCAUGUUUGCCUUUUCGUGAAAAUCCAUGAAGAUUUAGCCAUCAUUGCUGACACAUCUGUCCUUUUUGUCUAUGUUUUCUUAUUGAAUUUAUGAUAGGAACUGAUAUCAAAAUAUAAACUAAUAGUAAUAUUACAAUAUAAUCCCAAAAAAUUCGAGAGUCUUGGUUCUCUCCCCUCCAAGAAUUCGAGAGCUUGGUCUCUCCAUAGUCCAUACCAGUCCUUUAUCCCAA